CUUCAUCUUUCACCGUCUUUUUGUGAUUAUAAAACUUUAUUUUCCCAACCCAGCCUGAGCCUCCUCCUUCUCCUUCUUCUUCUUCGUCGUUCUUCAAUUUCUUCAUUUUUUUCUUCCCCAAUAUAUCGUUUCUCCAUUCUUCUUUCCUCAAUUAUGCUUGGUGACCCGGGCCAAAUGAUGAGCAGCUCCGGCGGAGGGGGAACAACCGGAGCUGCUGCGGCGGAGAGCGGCUCCGCCGCCGCCGCCGCAAGUAACAGCGGUGGGAGCAGCGGAACGGGGGCCUUGCCCGGUGGAUUUGGCGAGGAAAGCGAAAGAAAUUCCGGCGGGAAUCGGUGGCCGAGGCAAGAAACUUUAGCUUUGCUCAAAAUUAGGUCUGAUAUGGAUGCCGUUUUCAGAGACUCGAGCCUUAAAGGUCCACUGUGGGAAGAAGUUUCCAGGAAAAUGGCGGAAUUGGGAUAUCAUCGGAGCUCGAAGAAAUGCAAAGAGAAGUUCGAGAACGUGUUUAAGUAUCACAAAAGGACCAAAGAAGGCCGCGCCGCCAAAUCCGACGGCAAAACUUAUCGUUUCUUCGAUCAGCUCCAGGCUUUCCACACUCCUUCACAGGCGGCGGCGGCGGCGCAGCCAAUGGUGGUCACGGCGCCGGCUGGGAAUCCUCCGCGGCCGGUAACGGCGGCGCUGCCUCAGUUCACUGUUUCAUCGGUGCAAAACACUAGUUCCGCAUUUCCGGCGCCGUUGAGGGCGGCGUUUGCGCCGAUUCCGGCGGCGAACAAUGCGGCGUUCCCGGCCGGGACCGGGAAUGCAUUGUCGUAUUCGACGUCAUCGUCGACGUCGUCCGACGAGGAUAUCCAGCGGCGGCACCGGAAGAAGCGGAAGUGGAAGGAGUUCUUCGAGAGGGUGAUGGGGGACGUGAUCGCGAAGCAGGAGGAGAUGCAGAGGAAGUUUCUAGAAGCCCUGGAGAAGCGGGAGCGAGAUCGGACAGUUAGAGAGGACGCCUGGAGAGCUCAAGAGACGGCGAGGAUAAAGCGCGAGCGCGAUAUUCUUCUCCAAGAAAGAUCAAUGGCGGCCGCCAAGGACGCCGCCGUGAUCAAUCUCCUCCAAAAGCUCUCCGAUCAAAACAACACCGUACAAAUCCCAUCAAUAACCAACAACUCCUCAGAUCCAAUAAUCCAAAUCCAAGUCCAAAUACCGGAAACCCUAUCCACACCACCCCUAGCCCCACCGCCGCCACUCCCGCAACCCCAAGAACCGUCCCCGAUAUCCGUGGCGCCACCGGCAUCAAUGCCAUUCUCAAUCCAAACACCGACACCAGAAAAAAACGCCGCCGCAGGCGGCGGCGGCGGCGAGAGUUUUACUACUGCUCCGCCUAGCUCCUCCCGGUGGCCGAAAGCCGAAGUACAAGCGCUGAUAGACCUCCGGUCAAGCCUGGACGUGAAAUACCAAGAAAACACCCCGAAAGGGCCGCUCUGGGAAGACAUAUCCGCCGCAAUGCGGCGGCUCGGCUACAACCGAAACCCGAAACGGUGCAAAGAGAAAUGGGAGAAUAUCAACAAAUACUUCAAGAAAGUAAAGGAGAACAACAAGAAGCGGCCGGAAGACUCAAAGACCUGCCCGUAUUUCCACCAGCUCGAAGCUCUAUACAGUAAAAAAGCCAAACUGGAGAUCAAGCCCGAAAGCAACCCAAACACGGCCCGGCCCGAACUGGUAAACGGCGACGAUGACGGCGACUAUGAUGACGACGAAGAUGGCGGCGGCGGAGGCUACGAGAUUGCCGCCAACAUGCAGUACGGUUUAGCUCAAGAAGCAACGCAUUCACGAGAAGAAGAAGAGAGAAAGUGAGAUCUAAAGACGUUUUGAAGGCAAAUGGCAUCGGGAAUCGCGAGUGGGUCUAACAGAUUUUGCAGAAGGAUGUCAGAAGUGGGUCAGAGUUCAAGAAUUCCAGAUUGGGUUUCAGUGAGAAGGUGAAAAACUUAAAAACACAAUACAUUUUCAUUUUUUUUUUUACAUAAUUAAGAAUAUUAUAUUUAACUAGUGAUUAGUUUUUGUGUAACUUAAUUUCCAAUUUCAUAAAUUUUUUAUUAUUUCUUAAUAAUAGGGGAAACAAAUUAAAAAUGAGAGUUCAAAGAACAAAUAAAAAAGAAAAAAGAAGAGAACAAUCUUAAUUUGUACCCUAUUUUUGUUCUUCUUCUUUCUGUUUCAAGGUUGUAAAUGUGGUAAUUGGUUAUUCAAUGGUUUGUUUUAUCUGUUUCUUUUCCAUAUUUUUA